AUGGCCGCCGUAGAGAGCGGAGAGGAGAAACUCAGUGAGGAGAAGAGUGAGGACGGCAACCAGAACCGGAGCUCCAACGACAAGGACCCUAAGACACACAGCAAGCCCAAGAAGGUGAGGAGGGAUGUGGAGAAGGAGAUGCUGGAGUCUUCAUCCCGUCCUCCUCCAGCCCAGCAGCCCUGUUCAGACCAGGAACAGCUCCAGCUAGCCGAUGCUGAGGCGGGGCCCUCGGAGCCCAUGGUCGCUGCAGCUGGCGAGGCCUCGGGUCUCUCUGAGUCCUCUCCUUCGCCCAAACAGAGGAGGUCCAUCAUCAGGGACCGAGGUCCGCUCUACGACGACCCAUCUCUGCCCCAGGGCUGGACACGUAAACUCAAACAACGCAAGUCUGGGCGGUCCGCCGGGAAGUUUGACGUCUACUUGAUGAACCCAGAGGGGAAAGCUUUCCGAUCCAAGGUGGAGCUGAUCGCCUACUUCCAGAAGGUUGGGGACACCACCACCGACCCCAACGACUUCGACUUCACCGUAACCGGGCGUGGCAGCCCCUCCCGCCGCGAGAAGAGACCCCCGAAGAAACCCAAAGUGGUGAAACCGUCGGGGAGGGGCAGGGGCCGGCCAAAGGGGAGUGGAAAGCUACGCCCGGCUACGGAGGGUGUGGCGAUGAAGCGUGUGGUGGAGAAGAGUCCUGGGAAGCUCCUGGUUAAGAUGCCGUUUGGAGCGUCCAAGGCAUCCGAGACAGCUGGGCAGACAUCGGAGCUGGUCGUAGUCACCAAGAAGCGCCCGGGACGGAAAAGGAAAGCGGAGAUACCACCGCAGACUGCUCUGAAAAAGCGGGGGUGUAAGCCGGGGUCGGGGGUGACUGGGUCGACGCUGUCAGCAGCUUCUGGUGCGGCGGGUUCCAGUUCUUCUUCAUACGCAGCGGCUGCUAUCCUCGCCGCAGAAGCCAAGAGGAAAGCUCAGAAGGAGUCUUCCGCUAAGCCGGUGCAGCAGACCGCUCUGCCCAUCAAGAAACGCAAGACCAGAGAAACUGUUGAGGAGACUAAGGAGACUCCAGCCAUCACCACGCCACUGCUCGGGGCAGGGGGUGGUGGUGGUGGUGGGGCAGGAACUGUGAUGGGGACAGGGAAUGGUGAUGGGGCAGGAACUGUGAUAGGGAUGGGGGCAGGGAGUGGUGGUGGGGCAGGGAGUGGUGGUGGGGCAGGAACUCUGAUAGGGACGGGGACAGGGAGUGGUGUUGGGGCAGGAACUGGGAGUGGUGUUGGGGCAGGAACUGGGAGUGGUGUUGGGGCAGGACCUGGGAUGGGAACAGGGAGUGGUCAGGCUGUGGUGGCAACAGAAGGGACAGAGCAGGGGCACAAGCUGCCAAAGAGUCCAGGGAGGAAGCACAAGGACAGUCCCCUGGCAGCAACGGUUACCACGGAGACCAGUGGUGUGUCUGAAAGGUGGUCCAGCGGAGGCAGCAGUAGUAUCACUACUCCAAAGAGCCACAGCCACAAGAGAAAGGAGCGUACGCCGCACAAACACCAUCACCACCACCGUCACCAUCACACACACUCCUCUGUAGUGGAGGAUCAUCCUCAACCCUCCCAGCGGCCCCCUCACCACCACUUUCCCGGCCUGACUAUGGGGCUGGUCUCCCAUACAGCCAGGUCCUCGGUGGGGCCAGGGGCCCUCCAACAGAACAAGCCCCAGGACCUGAGCACCUCCAGGGGACCCUGCCGGGCCAGCAGCAGGCCAGAGGGCCAAACCACGACCAGAGGAGAGAGGGGAGAGGUCAGCUCGGGUGCGGUGGUAGUCGUGGGAACGAGUGACACCAGAGGCAACAGAAAUCGAGCAGACGAGGCAGCAGGGACAGUGGUAGGGAGGGAUUUGAGAGACAUUGUACCCUCCUCAGCAGUACCGAGGCCCAGCCGAGAGAAGACGGUCUCUGCUGUGUCCAGGCCCAGCCGGGAGGAGAUGGUCUCUGCUGUGUCCAGGCCCAGCCGGGAGGAGAUGGUCUCUGCUGUGCCCAGGUCCAGCCGGGAGGAGAUGGUCUCUGCUGUGCCCAGGCCCAGCCGGGAGGAGAUGGUUUCUGCUGUGCCCAGGCCCAGCCGGGAGGAGACGGUCUCUGCUGUGCCCAGGCCCAGCCGGGAGGAGACGGUCUCUGCUGUGCCCAGGCCCAGCCGGGAGGAGACGGUCUCUGCUGUGCCCAGGCCCAGCCGGGAGGAGACGGUCUCUGCUGUGCCCAGACCUAGCCGGGAGGAGACGGUCUCUGCUGUGCCCAGGCCCAGCCGGGAGGAGACGGUCUCUGCUGUGCCCAGGCCCAGCCGGGAGGAGACGGUCUCUGCUGUGCCCAGGCCCAGCCGGGAGGAGACGGUCUCUGCUGUGCCCAGGCCCAGCCGGGAGGAGACGGUCGAGUCUCGGACACCGGUCACUGAAAGGGUUAGUUGACUGUAUGGUAGGACCCCUGUCUGUAAGGAGAAAAGGAGCCGUGUGGAGGAGCAGUGGGUUUUAUGAGACAACAGAAAAGGACGUGUACAUGGAGACACAAGGCAGCUGCUGGUUGAUUGUUCUUUCUGUGGGUUGGGCUGUUCAUCUGUUUAUUGACAGGUAGCACAGCUUAAUGGUCAACCCACAACAGAUUGCUUCCUGAUAAAUGAACUUAUUAUUAUUAUUAUUAUUUUUCUUUCUUUGUUUGGUCAUUGUCUUGUUCUCUGUUUUGCUCUUUUAAAACCUGUUGUCAUUCGACCCAUCCAACCCGACCCAGAAGCCUUUGCUUAAAAUCUCACAGGAAGUGAAGGACCUACACUUCCGGUGCCAUCAUCAGACGGAAACCAUGGUAACCACGAUGAUGACUCAUGAACCUCAAUCAUUCAGUUCUUCACUGUGGUUUUAAGAUAGCGUAUAUAAAAUUUAAAAAACAAAAAAACAAAGGCAUGUGUCCUGUCUGUAGUUCGCUCACAGGUGGUCUUUUCCAGCGUUGUGGCUCGAAGCAACACAACACACACAGGUCAUACAAGCUUCCACUGCAUCUUCUUCUGUUGUAGCAUCCUCUGUUUACUGCAGUACGCUCAGCGUCCAGUCCAUCGACGCUUUGCGCUACGUCCCGUAGGGCACCCUAUUCCCUAAUAAUACGAUGCUUUUGACCAGAACCUUAUGGGCCCUGGUCUAAAGUAGUGGGCUGGAAGUAGUACACUGAAUAGGGAAUCAUUUGGGACACAGUUGGGUUUCCAGUCCUUGCUCUACAGUCAGCAUAUUAAUUUAGGUGACAUAUGUUUUCCUCGUUGGCCUAUAUUAUGUGGAUGCCAAGUCUUCUGUGUGUGUGAUGUCGAUCAUCUCCUUCUAUAUACAGUCGUCUGACAGAGCAGCCUAUUCCCUACACGGGGAGAGACAAGUAUUCUCCCAAAGCAGGCUGGAGUUUUUUUUCCCCUUCCACUUCACACAGAGACAAGAGGUACUUGAUGAUCAGAGAGAUUAUGAUUAAGUUAGAAUGUUAAUGUGGCCCAGGCAGCAAUAGGGCUGAGUAUAUAGGAUGUUGAUGGGGCCCAGGCACCAAUAGGGCUGAGUAUAUAGGAUGUGGCCCAGGCAGCAAUAGGGCUGAGUAUAUAGGAUGUGGCCCAGGCAGCAAUAGGGCUGAGUAUAUAGGAUGGGGCCCAGGCAGCAAUAGGGCUGAGUAUAUAGGAUGGGGCCCAGGCAGCAAUAGGGCUGAGUAUAUAGGAUGUGGCCCAGGCAGCAAUAGGGCUGAGUAUAUAGGAUGUGGCCCAGGCAGCAAUAGGGCUGAGUAUAUAGGAUGUUGAUGGGGCCCAGACAGCAAUAGGGCUGAGUAUAUAGGAUGUGGCCCAGGCAGCAAUAGGGCUGAGUAUAUAGGAUGUUGAUGGGGCCCAGACAGCAAUAGGGCUGAGUAUAUAGGAUGUGGCCCAGGCAGCAAUAGGGCUGAGUAUAUAGGAUGUGGCCCAGGCAGCAAUAGGGCUGAGUAUAUAGGAUGGGGCCCAGGCAGCAAUAGGGCUGAGUAUAUAGGAUGGGGCCCAGGCAGCAAUAGGGCUGAGUAUAUAGGAUGGGGCCCAGGCAGCAAUAGGGCUGAGUAUAUAGGAUGUUGAUGGGGCCCAGACAGCAAUAGGGCUGAGUAUAUAGGAUGGGGCCCAGGCAGCAAUAGGGCUGAGUAUAUAGGAUGGGGCCCAGGCAGCAAUAGGGCUGAGUAUAUAGGAUGUGGCCCAGGCAGCAAUAGGGCUGAGUAUAUAGGAUGUGGCCCAGGCAGCAAUAGGGCUGAGUAUAUAGGAUGGGGCCCAGGCAGCAAUAGGGCUGAGUAUAUAGGAUGGGGCCCAGGCAGCAAUAGGGCUGAGUAUAUAGGAUGGGGCCCAGGCAGCAAUAGGGCUGAGUAUAUAGGAUGGGGCCCAGACAGCAAUAGGGCUGAGUAUAUAGGAUGUUGAUGUGGCCCAGACAGCAAUAGGGCUGAGUAUAUAGGAUGUGGCCCAGGCAGCAAUAGGGCUGAGUAUAUAGGAUGGGGCCCAGGCAGCAAUAGGGCUGAGUAUAUAGGAUGGGGCCCAGGCAGCAAUAGGGCUGAGUAUAUAGGAUGGGGCCCAGGCAGCAAUAGGGCUGAGUAUAUAGGAUGGGGCCCAGGCAGCAAUAGGGCUGAGUAUAUAGGAUGGGGCCCAGACAGCAAUAGGGCUGAGUAUAUAGGAUGUGGCCCAGGCAGCAAUAGGGCUGAGUAUAGACCUUCUCCAAUUAUUCCUGAGGCUGUAUCCCAAAUGGCACCCUGUUCCCUGUAUAGUGCAGUAAUCUUUACCAGAGCCCUAUGGGCCAGCCUAAAGUAGUGUACUACAAAGGGAAGGGGGUGCCAUUUGGGACGGAAGACGGAAGCUUUGAAAUGGAAACCUCUUGACGCAGACAUAACUUCCUAUCUGAAUGGUUGAGGUGAUGAAACCCCAGGGUUUUAGAGGCCUAGAUACACCAAUGAUGUGUGGUGGCUCACAAUCACUUUGUUCACUUGACGACAAUGUUCACCAAGUGACUAGGUGUUGCCAGCAGUUUGAUGACCUCUACUGAAAACAGGUUGAAUUUUCUUUCAAGGCUUUAAGAAUUCAAAUUCUACUGAUCAAAUCAAAUCAAAUUUAUUUAUAUAGCCCUUCGUACAUCAGCUGAUAUCUCAAAGUGCUGUACAGAAACCCAGCCUAAAACCCCAAACAGCAAGCAAUGCAGGUGUAGAAGCACGGUGGCUAGGAAAAACUCCCUAGAAAAGCCAAAACCUAGGAAGAAACCUAGAGAGGAACCAGGCUAUGUGGGGUGGCCAGUCCUCUUCUGGCUGUGCCGGGUAGAGAUUAUAACAGAACAUGGCCAAGAUGUUUUGGAAGCUGUGUCGUCCUACAGAAAAUAAAUAGGAUUCAUUUAAACCUAUACGUUUACCCCAGUAACAUGAAUUAGCCAGUAAAAUUGACAAUUUUUACCCAAUCACUCCUAAAUGGAACGGUUUCCCCACAGUCGGAUAGGAAGCUAAAAAGCACAACAGGGACCCAAGACAUGAUUAUGGACGCGCCGUAGAUUUCUGGACCCCAGUCCUGUAUUUUGUCAAUACCUAUCAGAAGUAUUCUGAUAUUUAAAUUAUUUCCAAAAUAACAUAAAUAACCCAACCCCACUGAAGGAAUUUGUUUUUCUGUGUUUAGGAAAAAAAAAAAAAAAUGUAAUGAAUUUAUAUAUAUAAUUCUGUUUUAAGAAUUAUUUUAAAUUAGAAGAUGUAUUGUUUUGACCAGGAACGUGUCUGUAGGACUUAUAUCAUCACCCAGACUCCUCUCUGCAUGCAACAGGACGAGCCUAUUUAUCCGUGACUUCAUCAAACUUGGUGUUAGGCUAGUGGGUUGUCUUUAGUUUAAACUCACAGGUGGGUAGUCAAAAGAUAUGGCGGGGGGGGGGGACUACUCUUGUCACUGGUGUCGCCAGUGACAUCGUCGCCAGAUUUCAAAUGUAUAUUUUGGAGUUCAAUCAAAUCUGCAGUGACCAGAAACCAGAAUCUCUGCGCAAACAUAGCAAGCGUGUUUUGAAUACAACAAGAAUGAAAUCUGUUUUGUCAACCCCCCCCCCACCACCCCAUUGGACAAUGUCUUGCUAAUUCACAUUAGAUAAAACCAUGCAUUUUUCUUCUGGCUCAUAAUGAAUUCUAGCCUACGCUCAAUCCCUCUUGCACAAGUACUUCCAUCACUGUAACGCCCCUGUCUAGAAAAAACAAGUACUUCCAUCAAUGUAACGCCCCUGUCUAGAAAAACAUUGUUUAAAAGAAACUUUUUUUAAAAACGUGUCCUUGCACGAGAGAUCUAUUUGUUAGUGACUUUUUAAAGUGUAACAUAAUAUGAUAGUAGCUAUAUUCUCAUUUACUUUAAUGCACCAAUAUGUUAAACCUGUAAUACUCUUGUCAUGUUGUUGGCAGUAUGUGGCUGUUACAGUAGAGCAGGCCUGUUUAAAGUAGUUUGCUUAAACGGUAGUAAUCAGUUUUGGCACAACACCAGAAAUAACAGACAUUUUUAUUUUAUUUUAUUUUUUUAAAAUCUGCACUAGAAUUUUCUCCUUCUAGAUCGGAUGACUCCGGUCUCCCACCUUGCAUUAGGAAUAUGUCCUAUAUCGACCAGAGAUUCAGACCAAUGUAUACACCCUGUGGCUUGUCCUCCUCAAUAAAAUGUAAAGUGUAGACAAUAGUUUGGAUGUGGCCCAUUUCUGUCCUCCAUAUAUAUCCCCCUCUUCCUUUCCUCUAGUGACUAGGGAGGUGUAUAACUGAUGAUAAUCUCUCACAAAGGGCUAUGGAAUGUCUUCAGAUUCACAACAGCUAGGCCAGUUGAUCUGAACCCUGACGUGAUCACACUGUCUGCAUUUUAUUUUUUACAGCUGGAUGUUCUGAUACAAGUUGUGGCAUUUCUCCCCCUGAGUGACCCCAAGUACCACUGUCUCUCUCUCGCUCUCUCUCUAGAUUAUCAGUCGUAGCUCCUAUUCUAUUCAAAUGCCCUUUACAUAUAACUAAGCUGUACUGUGCUGGCUCUGAUAGGGUUCUUUUCAGCACAGUUCCAGCAACAAUGACAUGGUGGAUGUGUAACUAGGCCAGGCCAGUGCAGUUUGUGUCAGCUCAGCUGGGCUCAGUAGUGUGAAAGGGGUUUAACAAUACCAGGGUCUGACUCGGGUCUUCAGUAAUAUGUCUCCCCUGGUCCAGAAACCUAGAGGUGGAGGCUAGAGGAGGAUACGGGUCAGUCAGUAACACCACAGUUUGAAGGCAAAAUAUACAUAUUUCGUUUGCCAUUUUCACGUUUUUUCUUCUUUAAUGAAGCAGAAAUUAGUGGAAGUAAAUAUCAAAAGUAAAAUGGAAAAAUGUACCCAUUGGUACAGUACCAGUCAAAAGUUGACACCUACUCAUUCAAGAGUUUUAUUUUUUUUACUAUUUUCUACAUUAUAGAAUUAUAGUGAAGACAUCAAAACUAUGAAAUAACACACAUGGAAUAAUGUAGUAACCAAAAACGUGUUAAACAAAUCAAAAUUAUAUUUCAUAUUUGAGGAUCUUCAAAAGUAGCCACCCUUUGCCUUGAUGACAGCUUUGCACACUCUUGGAAUUCUCUCAACCAGCAAUAUCACCUGGAAUGCAUUUCACUGUCUUGAAGGAGUUCCCACAUUAUGAUGAGCACUUGCUGGCUGCUUUUCCUCCACUCUGCGGUCUAACUCAUCACAAACCUGAUGCAGCCCUCCAUCACUCUCCUUCUUUGUCAAAUAGCCCUUACACAGCCUGGAGGUGUGUUGGGUCAUUGUCCUGUUGAAAAACAAAUGAUAGUCCCACUAAGAGCCAACCAGAUGGGAUGGCAUAUUGCUACAGAAUGCUGUGGUAGCCAUGCUGGUUGUUUGCCUUGAACUCUAAAUAAAUCAGACAUUGUCACCAGCAAAGCUCCAUCACACCACCUCCUUCGUGGUGGGAAAUACACAUGUGGGGAUCAUCUGUUCACCUACUCUGCGUCUCACAAAGACACGGCGGUUGGAACCAAAAAUUUCAAAUUUGGACUCAGAACAAAGGACAGAUUUCCACCGGUCUAAUGUCCAUUGCUUGUGUUUCUUUGCAGCAAUUUGACCAUGAAGGCCUGAUUUACACAGCCUCUUCUGAACAGUUGAUGUUGAUGUGCCUGUUACUUGAACUCUGUGAAGCAUUUAUUUGUGCUGCAAUUUUUGAGGCUGGUAACUCUAAUGAACUUAUCCUCUGCAGCAGAGGUGAUUCUGGGUCUUCCUUUCCUGCGGCAGUCCUCAUGAGAGCCAGUUUAAUCAUAGCGCUUGAUGGUUUUUGCGACUGCAUUUGAAGAAACUUUCAAAGUUCUUGAAAUGUUCCAGAUUGACUGACCUUCAUGUCUUAAAGUAAUGAUGGACUGUCGCUUCUCUUUGCUUAUUUGAACUGUUCUUACCCUAAUAUGGACUUGGUCUUUCACCAAGUAGGGCUUCUUCUGUAUAUUACCCCUACUUUGUCACAACACAACUGAUUGGCUCAAAUGCAUUUAAGAAGGAAAUGACUUCCACAAGUUUACUUUUGACAAGACACACCUGUUAAUUGAAAUGCAUUCCAGGUGACUACCUCCAUGAAGCUGGUUGAGAGAAUGCCAAGAUUGUGCAAAGCUGUCACGGCAAAGGGUGGCUACUUUGAAGAAUCUCAAAUAUAAAAUAGAUUUGGAUUUGUUUAACACUUUUUUUUGGUUACUACAUGAUUCCAUAUGUGUUAUUUCAUAGUUUGGAUGUCUUCUCUUUUUCUACAACGUACAUUUUUAUUUUUAUUUUUUAUUUUAUUUUUUAAUAAAGAAAAACCUUUUGAAUAAGUAGGUGUGUCCAAACUAUUGACUGGUACUGUAUGUCCUGAAAUCCUCUCAUUUGUGAUAAGUGUGGACUUGAGGAAAGUGAAUGAAUCUCUGUCUCCAUAGGAACAACAUUGAUGGCCUGGGAUAGUGCCUUGCUUUGGUGGAUUUACAUGACAUGCAUGUACAGUAUAUUUUGUGGCCUUUGAUUAACAUAACAAUAUUUUAUCCCAAUAAAACUAAACUAAAGGUCAAAGGAAAGCAGUGGAUGACUUGGACAAUUCACUAGCCUGGUCCCAGAUCUGUUUGUGCUGUCUUGCCAACUGAACCACCAUUGGACUUGGCAACAUGGCCCAACCGGAUCUGGGACCCUGCUACAAUUUCACAACGAGGAUCUAGCAUUUCCUUAAAUCAGUUGAAGUUAAUACCAGGUCAUAGCAUGUGAAUAACAGGUCAUAACAUGUGAAUAAAAGGUAAUAACACGUUAACAGGUUAAAACAUGUGAAUAACGUGAAUAGCAGGUCAUAACAUGUUAGCAGGUCAUAACAUGUUAACAGGUCAUAACAUGUUAAUAACAGAUGGUUAUUACACUUCAAUCAGAUUGUCUGUUUUGACUCAACCCUCAUUCAGUAUGUAACCUGUAGUUGAUUGUGAUGUAUGCUUGUGUCUUGUUCAAUGAACAUUUUACAUUCAAAUAAUAAAUCCCUUCAUUUUUUUCUAUUUGAUUUAAUUAAAGAAAUAUCCAUCGAUGUAGAAUGUAAUUUCAUGGACACAGCUAGACAGGUGUUUGAUGUGUUAGCAUGUGGUUAAGAAGAACUAAAUAACUAUUUCAGUUUUUUAUAUUUAUGAAGAAGGGGGGGGGGGGGGAGACUGUGCCAGGGACUUUGUGUUUCUUUCGGUGAUGGGAGAUGUGUAUUACUUAUCUCUGCUCCAGAUGUUCGAUUGAACUAUUUCAGACAUGGUAGCUUUGACAAUGCUGUUUAAACUCUCUUGUCUCUUCCACCAAAUCACUGCUUUUAAAAAAAGCAAUAGCCUAGCGCAUUAAGAAAACAGUGAAUUUACAUUUUACUUCAUUAUUAAACUUAUUAACUGCUUAACAUUUCUCCCCAUACUUUGAAGGUGUGAUAAGUAACAUUUGUACGACUUGCAUGAUGUAUAGCAUUAAGCUCAACGACACCCAAGUUAUUUAUUGAAUGACAAUUCAGGUCAAAAUAAAAACAGACUUUGAUACAAAUUCAAAAAUCCACUGUUGGAGAAGUUAACUGUCUAUUUAACAUAGUCUUGUGCCUUGAAGUUGAAGUACUAGAAUUUAUACUGUGGUCAAUGUGUUUUUUUAUUCCAAGUCCUGUAUUUGCCUCUUGUUACUGUUCUGCGCUUUGAGUGUAUAGAUAUAUAAAAUAUUUUAUUAGUUUGAUAAUUUGCCUGCUUUUUAUUUUUCAUUUAAAUUGUGUUUAGAGGAACUGAGGACUAUAACAGGCAAUAACGAAUAUGUCAUAAGACCUUGUGACAAUUUAAGAGGUUUUGUUUUUUCGUAUGUUGUUUUAGCACUUUUGGGGGGGGGGGUGUUUUAACAUUUAUUUUUAUUAUUAUUAUUAUUAUUAUUCACAAAUAAUUGGUGAUCAUUAGCCUGCCUUAUUCCUUCCAACCAUGUCUUUUUAUGAAAUAAUAUUUAAAUCAUGGCCAGUGUAUGAAAUACAAAAAUUUAAAUAUCUGCACUUUAUGAAGUAUGUUGCCUGACAGGACGCUCAUUACCCUUUUCUAUGGAUUUUUUUACCUUUGUCUGAAUUAGUCAUUUUAUUUUUGAUAUUUGUCCAUUUAGUUUCAACUAGUAAUGCAAAAGGGGAUGAGUAGUCCUAAACGUUAGCAGAAGUGUUUUAAAUGAAACAAUCCCACGUUCAUGGUGUCAAGGGUUAUAGUGUAUUAUUAUGCCAUUUCCAGGCCAUGUCUCUGCCUUCCUGAAACUGAAAAGCAUAGUUUGUGUCAACUUUUGUAGUAAUGUAUUUGUUUGUUUGAUUUUGCUCCUAUGUAACAAACAUACUAGUAAACAACAUAUAUCUACGGCG